ACACAUUAUAAGAAGCUUCCCAAGUUUGAGAUACUCGAGUGUUAGAGACAAAUAAUGGAUGUGGCCAAGUUACAAAACUCUGAUGAGGACAAAAAAGAAGAUGAAGUUGUGCUUCCUGGGUUUAGAUUCCAUCCAACUGAUGAAGAGCUUGUUGGGUUUUAUCUGAGGCGAAAGGUUGACAAAAAGCCUCUAAAAAUUGAACUCAUCAAACAGAUUGACAUCUACAAAUAUGAUCCAUGGGAUCUUCCAAAAGUGAGUUCUGUGGGGGAGAAGGAAUGGUAUUUCUUUUGCAUAAGAGGGAGAAAAUACAGGAACAGCAUAAGGCCUAAUAGGGUUACAGGAUCUGGAUUUUGGAAAGCCACAGGGAUUGACAAGCCUAUAUACUGUGUUAAAGAACCACAUGAAUGCAUUGGCCUCAAGAAAUCAUUGGUCUAUUACCGCGGAAGUGCUGGGAAAGGCACCAAAACUGAUUGGAUGAUGCAUGAGUUUCGCCUUCCACCCAAUGGAAAAACUAGCAAUAAUAAUCCACAAGCUAAUGAUGCCAAUGAUGUUCAAGAAGCUGAAGUGUGGACACUAUGCCGAAUAUUCAAACGAGUCCCAUCUUACAAAAAAUACACACCAAAUUUGAAAGACUCAACACCACUGACAAGGCCAAACCCCACUAACUCUUCAAGUUCCAAAACAUGCAGCUUAGAAUCUGACAACAGCAAGCCGUACUUGACUUUCACAGACUCAACACUCAUUCAUCAAAGUGAAACCAGACCUGUUUUUGAAGAGAAGAACCACUUUUUUCUUGGUCAGUUAGGCAAUGUUGUAGCUCAGGCUCCAACAUCAUUGUCUCACUCAAGUUUUUGGAAUCAGAAUAUGGAUGAUGCAUUUGAAAAUGAGAACUGGGAUGAUCUCAGAUCUGUGGUUCAGUUUGCCGUUGAUCCAUCUAAGGUUUAUUAUGAUUGUAAAGAAUUUAAUAGAUUUUAAGAGCAUUUUUUAUGCUUAUACUACCAUAACAGUUGCAACAUGCAUAUCUCUCACCCUACUCUUUUAUUGGGUUCAAGUGAGAAAGUUUGACAAAAUACUUUGUAUGAAGGGUUACAGUUUUGACAUUAUUCGUUGCAUACUUUCUUACUAUUCUUGAAAUUACCAUUACAGGAUUCUACC